UGUGGCCGGACUCACGUCAUUCUAUGGAUACGUUAAGCCCAAACACAGGCUUAACAAGCUAUUUUCUUCAACUGUAGAAAUAACUAGAGUUGUAAGAAAUAGAGGAUCUAACUGAGGAAUAAUGAGUGAGCUGAGACAUCGCGAAGGGCAAGUAACACAGGGAUCAUUAAGUAGCGAUCCUGAAAAUAAAACGAAGCUGGUGAAUGAACAAGCCAAGACAGACGUGACGACGGAAGUACAUAAGCCAGCCUCUGGCUGCACACCUCCAGAUGGAAUACAAGAAACUUUGCCACAAAUAGCUGAUCCGCCAAUCCCUCCUCAGAAGGACACUGUACCCUCCAUCUUGAAAGGUUUUUCACCGAGAUGGCAGAAUUGGUUCAUUCGAGGAGGUUUCUCCAUCAUUAUGGUAGCAGGCUUUGCUUUCAUCAUACAUUAUGGACCCGUAGCAAUUACUGGCCUUGUCUUGCUUAUUGAGAUGAUGUGUUUCCACGAGAUAAUCACCAUUGGUCAUGCUGUCUACCGGUCACAAGACCUUCCCUGGUUCCGCACACUUAGCUGGUACUUCUUGCUGUGUGCCAAUUACUUUGUAUAUGGCCAGAGCAUGAAGGACUACUUUGGCAUCGUGCUUCACAGAGACCUGGAAUUCUUGCAGCCGCUGAUCGAUUACUAUCGUUUUAUUGCUUUCUGGCUUUACAUGUUUGGCUUCAUGUUGUUUGUGCUGUCACUAAGAAAAUCCCAAUAUCUGGUUCAGUUCACGCUGUUUGGUUGGACACACAUAGCCCUCCUGAUUGUUGUUACUCAAUCCAACCUGAUUGUUCAGAGUAUGUUUGAAGGAAUUAUCUGGUUUCUUCUCUCAACGACAUCUGUCAUCUGCAAUGACAUCAUGGCCUACUUGUUUGGCUUUUUCUUUGGCCGUACUUCACUGAUAAAACUUUCACCCAAGAAAACCUGGGAGGGAUUCAUUGGUGCCUGUUUCUCCACUGUCAUCUUCAUCGUCAUUCUUGCCAACAUCCUCAAACGCUACACCUUCUUUGUCUGCCCUCCUGAGUUUGAUGAUGAGAAAGGCGAGUUUGUAAUGGACUGUGAACCUUCUAGCACCUUCUACCCAAGAGAGUACAAUGUACCAGUCUUCAUGCAGAACUCACUGGCUUUGGUUGGUAUUGAAUGGCAGACCUUCACAACCUUACCAGUGUACAUUCACGCUGCUGUAAUUGGCCUUUUUGCAUCUUUGGUGAGCCCCUUUGGUGGAUUCUUUGCUAGUGGCUUCAAGAGAGCAUUCAAGAUCAAGGAUUUUGGUGAUGUGAUUCCAGGCCAUGGAGGAAUCAUGGAUCGUUUUGACUGCCAAUUCUUGAUGGCCUCUUUCCUCUAUGUUUAUCUCCACACCUUCCUGAAGUCUGCCUACCCGCAGAAGCUGGUCCAGCAAAUAUUUCAACUGAGUGCAGAGGAUCAACUGAUGGUAUACAAACAACUUACUGAACAUCUGAAUAAGACUGGUGUCUUGCCAAUGUGAAGGAGCUCCUGGACAAGUUGAAUCAGCAGUAAGUACAGGAAACAGACCUUGAUACUUGAUAAAAAGGCUGUGUCUGAACAGGCAUUGUAUAUGGGGCUACAGAUAUUCAUUGCAUUGCAGUUUCAAAAACUGAAGCCGUAGCCACAUUAUUGCUGAUUCAGACAUAGCCUAAAAUUUGUGGCUGUAGAAUAUAUAAAUAGGCUGUGCCAUGGCUUGCUUGUAACCACUUUUUGGUCAAAGCAGCUUAGAAGCUCAAGGUUAUUUCAUAGCACCUGUUGAGACUGAUUAGUUGUGUAGCAAUUCAGUAACAUUAUCACUGCUACCAGAUGAAUGUCCUCAUCCUGCCUCUCAUCCAAGCAAUUUACACUAAACAAACUUCGCAGAUAAAGCCUUGUACAUGUAUAUUUUGUGUUGGUGUAUAUUAACCAUAUGCUGCCGGGUUUAAUUUGAAGUUGCAUGAUGUA